AUGGGUGAGGAGAUUCCCAGAAGAACCAUGAAAUCCGGCCUGCCCGAACGCAUCGAAGAAACUAUAAGUGCUCAAAUCGCUUUGCGGAAGCAAGAAUCACUCAAUUCCUUUUCGAUGAUUGCUGAUGGUCCCGAUGAUGAGUUUAGGAGGUCAAACACAAAAGUGAUUGGAUUUCCCCAGCAAGAAGCCGAACACCGUGUGUCCACCCGGGAGCUGGGAGAGCAAGAUGGCCUCUGA